AUGGGAGGAGACCCUACAAAGUGCAACCAAAGUCUUCACUGUCAAUACCACCAGGAGCAGGGACACACCACUAAAGAUUGCAGGACUUUGCGAAGCCACUUGGAGCAAUUAGUCACGGCGGGAAAAUUGAAGCAAUUCCUGUAUCAACCUAAAGGACAGGGUGAUCAAGCAAGGUUAGGGGCUCUGAGAGAUGCUUUCACAAGAACACCUUUAGGUACAAUCAGUGUCAUUCUUACAGUUCUAGGAAGUACUGGUUUUCAGUCAUCCAAGGUGAUGUUCGAAGCUCGGCCAUCCGUGGAUGACUCGUACCCUGAUCCAAAGAGGAGUAGAAUGGGAGUCCGACCGACUUUGAGCUUUUUAGAUGACGACAAAAUCGGAACCUUACAGCUACAUAAUGAUGCCCUAGUGGUCACCAUCAGGAUAGGUGGGUACGAUGUGAAGAGGGUGUUGGUGGAUCAAGGUAGCAACACAGAGAUCAUGUACCCUAAUCUGUAUAAAGGAUUGAAGCUGAGAUCCGAGGACUUGACCUACUUUGAUUCCCUUCUAAUAGGGUUUGAUAGGAAGGUUGUCUUUCCAAAAGGUCAAAUCCAACUACUCAUUCAGACAGGGACAAAGGUCGUGGAGGUGAACUUCAUUGUGGUAGAUACCUAUUCCCCCUACACGGCUAUUGUGGCAAGGCCUUGGGUUCACGCCAUGAGGGCCGUGCCUUCCACCCUACACCUGAAAGUGAAGUAUCCGUCUGGGAAUUGGGUUAAGGAGCUAGUGGGGAGCCAAUUUAUGGCCAAACAAUGCAUGGUGGCCGCAAUUAGACAUCAAACGGGGGGCAGGUCCUCAGCUUCUAUAGGGAGGGACUUAUAG